AUGGAGUUCGCAUAUAAUAAUAGCUAUCAGACUGCCACUAGCACAUUGUCAUUCGAGGCCCUAUAUGGAAAGAGUUGCAAGUCUUCAGUAUGUCGGGAUGAGGUUGGUGAGAGGAAGUUGCUAGGUACUGAGCUAGUGCAGACCACGAAUGAGGCAAUACAGAAGAUCAGAGCUCGUAUGCAACCAGCUCAGAGCAGACAGAAAAGCUAUGUUGAUGUGAGACGUAAGGACUUGAAAUUUGAGAUUGGUGAUAAAGUGUUCUUAAGGGUGUUGAAUGACAACUUAAGCUACGAGGAGAAGCCUGUAGAAUUUCUCGCCAGGGAGGUAAAAACGUUGCGCCAUAGGGAAAUUGCCUUCGUGAAAGUCCUGUGGCAGAAUCACCAGUUCAAGGAGGCUAUCUGGGAUUGGAGGAUGAGAUGA